CUGUGAGGGGGCGGUUCCUCGUGAAGGCUUUUUGGUGACUGAUGCACACGCCUUCUGUUGGAUAUCACCCAACGUACUUCGCACUGGAAACUUAAUAAUGACGCCAAAGAAUCAAGCAGCCAAUGGCAAGGCUUCCCAUAACACACCAAGAGAAUUUGGAGGAGCCCUGGGGGCUGUUUGCAUUCCCAUCUUUCUGCCGCUGACGGUGCUGUUCCUGAUCUGUGUGAGUCGAUCUCCCGAGGCAGCUGUGCUCCAGUGGCCCCCGCCUUUCCCCUCCAUGGACCAGCUGUGGGACCCUCUGGCUCCCCUUCUCUUGCUGGGCUGGAUAUUUCUGCAUGCUGUCAUCUAUUUGUUGCCAUUAGGAAAGGUCUCUGAGGGAUUAGUGCUGCGGGAUGGGACACGCCUCAAGUAUCCAAUAAACGGUUUCCACAGCUUGUGCAUCAGCGGCGCGUUGCUGAUGUUGCUUCUGAUGCUCCAGGCUCCUCUGGGGCGUCUGUACGAGCUGAUGUUGCCUCUGGCUGUGUGUGCAGUAGGAGUCUCCUCCGUGCUGUCCAUCUACCUCUACCUGCGCUCCUUUUUGGCUCCUCCUCAUGCUCUGGCAUUGGGGGGCACCACAGGAAAUCCUCUCUAUGACUUCUUCAUCGGACGGGAGCUAAAUCCACGGAUUGGUCAUUUUGACCUGAAAUAUUUCUGCGAGCUCAGACCAGGUCUGAUUGGCUGGGUGGUCAUAAACCUUGGCAUGCUGAUGAAAGAGGCGGAACUUCGAGGUUCCCCCUCGCUGGCCAUGAUCCUGGUCAAUAGUUUUCAGUUGUUGUAUGUGGCUGACGCCCUGUGGAAUGAGGAGGCAGUUCUGACCACCAUGGACAUUGUGCAUGACGGUUUUGGCUUCAUGCUGGCCUUUGGAGACCUGGCCUGGGUUCCCUUCACAUACGGCCUGCAGGCGGCCUUUCUGGUCGGACAUCCUCAGGCUCUAAGUCCCCUGGGAGCAGCAGCAAUAAUAACACUGAAUGGUAUCGGAUAUUACAUUUUCAGAAAAUCCAACUCAGAGAAGAAUCAGUUUAGGAGAAACCCUGAACAUCCAAGUGUUGCAAGGCUGGUGACCAUCGCCACAGCAACAGGGAAGCGUUUGCUGGUGUCUGGCUGGUGGGGGCUUGUUCGUCAUCCCAAUUACUUGGGCGAUCUCCUCAUGGCCUUGGCAUGGUCUCUGCCAUGUGGUUUCUCACAUCUUCUGCCUUACUUCUACGUGAUAUAUUUCACCGUCUUGCUGAUUCACCGAGAGGCCCGUGACGAGAGACAGUGUCGGGCCAAAUACGGGCUUGCGUGGGACACAUACUGCCGACGUGUCCCCUACAGGAUCCUCCCUUAUAUUUACUGAAAGGUAAAUUAAGAAGCCCACGGGGGGGAGACCAAACUGUCCAAUGAUGCCUUUGUAAGUCCGCUUUCACACGUUUGGUAAAGCGUAAUGGUAAUGCUUGUAUUUAUAAGUUACACUGGAAUACAUCACAUAGUACAGGUCACAGUUCCACAUGUCCAAAAAGGAGUAGGAAGAAGCAAAGCUUAGUUAAUCCUACCCACCAUCCGUUUCACAUCAUGUGCAAUACAUUUGUUCACAUUUGUUAAGAUGCGUUGGACAAUGUUGAGGGAAGUGGGGUAGUAGUGAGACAUGUGAUUGGAGGUACACGGCGGUUCAGGACUCUUCUCCCUUGUACCUUGUAAACGUCAGCUGCUUGUACUGUUUCUUGAAAUCGCUACAUUUAAGUGCGUUGUUUGAGUUCUUUACUCAAUCCUUUCCGUGAUUUCAUACUGAAAUGCUGAAGGUUGUUCUCGCGUAGAAAUGUUUGACGUUACACGUUUCCCCGAGGUCAUACGGGAUCCUCUCUAGUUGAGAAGGAUCGUAUGACAUUUUUAGGUAGCAGGUUAUUGUUUGCUUUGAGCAUAAUUUUAGCUUCUUAAUCGCUUUCCAGUGACAGAGGGAUUUGCUACGCCAACACGGCUGAUUUUUUUAUUUUUUGGUCACCUUUAUUAUAGUGGAGGCCAAGCACAUAAGCAAAUAUCUUUGAAUAGAAAGCGUGUUUCAUUUCAAUACAGCUGCUUCUUCAGCAACGUCCAGUCUAAUCCACUUUACAUCGGGUUGCUAUCGAUGUGAAGAAUGUUUCUCAUGAGUCCCGUGUAAACAUGAGUACAUCCUUGAGCAACCUGAUGAUAGAAAUACAUGAAAACCCAUUUAUCAUACAAUAGCUGCUAUCGUUGUGCUGUUGAAGUUGAUUCCCUUUCUAGUGUCCAUACGAGUCUGGCUGUAUAUGUACUUGGCUUUAAAAAGACCCUAACAACAAAACAAACAAAAAAGGGCAUGUUGCAGUGGCUCGCCACAAAUAGAUUGGGCGCUACCCGUUCGCCCUCGCUCAUGAAUACAUUACAGCCAUCGCUCGUUUAUCAGUUCCAGACCCGACCGUGAUAAUUCCAUUUCCAGAGGGGAUAUUUUUGUAGUUACAGCAUAAAAAAGUGUUUACAAUCUUCUCAAUACGGGUUUUAACAUGAUUAGAGCCCUCUAGACAUAAAAUAACACCCCUAUAGUCACCUUUACACUGCUAUUACCAAAAAUAGCAGACAUAAUAAGCAAAAAUAAGCCAUUUAAAACAUAAAUGAGACUAGGAGAGCUGAGUGGGAGGGUGGACAGGAAGUGACGUCGGGGGUUCAGAGUUGAGUUUUAGCUUGGCGUGGUUUACGGCCGCAACAGUAGCCGAUGAGUUAGGGAUUAUUGUGCCUGUUGUGAGGUUCAAACCUGCAAUAAAAGCCUGUUGUUCCACCCAUCAAGUCUGGUGCUUGUGUGUCUCACCAAACAUUACAGUAACAUUACUGACACCUAGUGACCGGUGUAGAAUACAACAUAUCAUCACAGCAUCUUUGAACGCGUCUUCUGAAUACCUUAUUUGCAUUUUAGUUCAUUUAGCCAUUUUUAUGCUUAAAAAUAGUUGAUUUGGGAAAAGAAAUUGUAACAUUUGCUUAAAUAUGCAUAUUUUUUUAUACUAAUAAUAAGCCCUAUUCAACCACAAAACGAAACAGCGUAAUUUAUUAAUUAACUCAUUCAAUCUCAGCCAUUUUUGAAAAUUCAACCCCUUCAAUAGCGGCCAUUUUAGACGAUUUUGACUGCUCUUUCAAGGCGCACGGAAUAUUGUGUCGUAUGGCUACAAAAACAUGGAGAUUAGACUCCCAUCUUUCAUCACAAAAAAAGAGUUUGUUUCCAACUUUUUCCAUUCUUUAGUAAUCAGCAGUAGAACAUAGCUAAGUUUCAGGAAAAUAUCAGUUCCCGACUAAAACGGGGCAAAAAGUAACUUUUUGUGAAAAGAUACAUUUCAAGUAUAACUUUCACUUUGACACGUUUUUUUUUGCCUUUGAGUCGGCUCAAAUAUCUAAACAACUACACACAACAUAACACAAAAAAAGUGUUGUUUUACAUCAAAAUAACAAUUUAUUUACAAAUAUAACACCAUGAACUAUUUACAGUUUUCACAUUUGGAACUAAACUGUGUGCAUGUGUGUGCAUGUGCAUGCGUUAAAAUUUCCGUACAGUGCGUAACCUUCUGCACGCUACACUCCUCCAUGCGCUUCCACUUCCUCCUUGCUGUUUUUACAUGCAAAUGAUCCAUGCCAAGCGCUUACUUUUGCCACCUGGUGGCCGUUUUUAUGGCUUAAAGCUGCUCUAAAGGUGACAUCCAUUAGCGUGCAGUUGCGUCAUCUUUUUGCCUCUCGUGCAAAAAACGUAAAUGACGUAUGAAUACAUCCUUGGUAUUGAAUGAGUUAAUUUGUAUAUUUCUGAAAAACGGCAAGAUUCGAACAACUUUUCUGGUCUUAUUAGACACUUUUGGAGAUGAACAUAAAAGCACGUCGCCCCACCCCCAUCUGAAAGCACUCACGUGUGGCUUUGUCUUGCUUGUGACAUAACCCCCCCCCCCCACAAAAGUAAGCGUCAGAAGAAAGUUUGUGUGUAUUUCUACUUAUCGCAGUGUUGUAAUUAGAGUCCAAAUGAAUUGCACUGUGUUGUGUCACAUUAGUUAGUCACACCAGGAGGGUACAGUUGUUUGAUUUAAAGCCAUAUUCUAUCAGCCGACAUUUGCAUUGGAUUUACGCGUUGCACUCGGACAGCAAAUAUUAUUUCUGUCACACGCAGCGCGUUGUGCAAAUAGAGGUGAGAGUGCACCCUGUUGAUGGACACCUCCAUUUGUCACCUCCAUGCAACCCACUUAAGUACACUUUGCCUCUGGCUUCGCCCACGCCGCACUCAAGCUACGUUGUCUUGCUUUUUCAUGUGCGGCGUGCUCAUGACAAACCUGCCGAGACGCCAUGUCUACACCAAAGCCUGAAAGCUCCAUAAGCACCACACCUGUGCAUGUUCGGAUACGGACACCCGUACAGAAUAGCGGAUGCGGAUGAUGUGGUAGCCUACACAGUGUCAUGUCGUAUUUUGUCAUAAGGACAAAUAGGAUGAUGAACGAAAUGUGAGCGCAUUACAUGGUGGAAAAAAUGUGGAUUCACUUUUUUUUUUAACCUUUUCAUCAUUUCCUAACUUGAAGAGUUUUUCAUUCAGUUCUUAACGGCCAGUAUGGUCAGCAAACAGCAAUUUUCUCCCUUUAUCAGAUUUAAUAUGUCAAUUUAUAUUUAAUUUCCAUCAUUUGAGCGCAACUUGGCUAUGAAAUGUGAUAUAUUGCUCAAGUUGACUCGUCUAGGAGGAGUACAUCCUUAUGUUUCAUGUCUGCACGGCCAAAAUAAUAUGCGGCAACCUACAGUGAGUGUCUUGUGUAAUGAUUGAUUAGCUAUUCAGCGUGUGUGCGCCCAUGUGGAUGCCAAUCUUACCGUUUCCAGCCCUGCAGUUGUAGCCAGUUUCCAUGGCAACGUGUCUGCGAGAGCACAGACGUAGGAAGAGAGGGGAAAGGAGUUGAGACAAUUAUGGCGGUGCGGAGGGCGAAGAAAAAGGAAGAGCCCGGGCUGAUGAGUGUGAAGCCGUGCGAGUCGUGGGAGAAACAGAUGCAUCGUGCGUGUGCGUGAUAAGACUGUGUUGUAAUGUUAUACAUCCGUACGGUUCCCAUGGCGACGUGCAUGCGCAGACAUUCCAUCGUCUGAACACGUAUGUAAUGUGCAAGGAAAUGCUGCAAGGCAUGCACGCUGCAGAUGAGCUGGAAUGUUUCUGGGUUUUGAGUGAGCGCCUCUGAGUGAGUCAACAGGAAUGUCGAAUCCAAUUUUGUUUCCAUGGUGACAGUGGAGAAUGAUAUGUCUCUUCACUGAGAGGAAAAAUAUCAGCCGGGUGCCUUGUCGCUGCUUUGAUUCCUGGCUAAUCGCUGUGUUGUUGAUUUUUGGUGGCCUAAAUUUGAGAUUGUGCAAACCGUAACUCAGGGAUUGCCAUGAAAAUAUUCAUGCAGUGCAGCGUUUUGGGAGCGCAGACUAGACACUCAAGGAGAACAACUUCGUGCAAUUUGUUCAGCUUCGUACUUUGUUGUUGAAAGACAACAGGUGGUCGGUGCAUUUUUAUCUGAACUGUACAGGACGCUGUUGGAACUGGACAUGAAUUAACCAGCAAUAUAAUCAUUACUCAUAUAUCACUCAGAGAAAGUGACGACUCAUGGCGCCACCGUGUCUGCUGAUUCCAAGGAUCGCACGCUAACCGAUGUCCUUCGAGGCUGUGCUGAAAUGUGCUUCACACCACACAUGUAGUACCGAUAACCGCCACAGAGACGCACACACAUAGACGAAACCAAGUACACUUGUGCAGCUGCGUUGCUCACCCCAUCCCUUGGAGUUGCACAACCUUGUAGAUACGGAACGCCCAAAUAAAAAGCGAGAUCUCAGAGAACGUAUCAGGGCGGCGCGGGAAGGCAACUCUGGUACGUUCCUCCGUUCUCCUCGCGAGUAAAAAGACACGCUUGUUGUCUUGUCUCUUCUGUAAUUUUGCUGGCACAGGAGUUUGAACCUGACAGACGCCUUUUCAAAUAAGUCGUCCCUCGCUAUAUUGUGUCUCGGAUAUCACCCCCUCACCGUAUCGCAGGUUUUAAAAAAACAAUAAAUAAUUAAUUACCGCUUCGAAAAACAUUGAAAGACAAAUGUAGUAUUGUGGUCACAAACACAAACACCCGACAUAUAACCUGGAAGUACAAUCUGCAUACCCCGCUCGAUAUCUCAGGCUGCUCGGACGUACGGCUGUCGCUCCAUUCGUGCCGCCAACGUAGGUUGGAAGACCGACGUGCGUCUAAUUUGCAGUAAACGUACUACCCGUGCGUUCCAGGUGGGCUUUGUAUGAAGGUUGCAAAAACUGUGCACAAGCAUACCUCCAUCUCUACCGCCCUCUGUGUCUCUGUGUCCAGUUCGUUGGCAUUCUUGGGUUUGCGUGCUGCAGCUGCCUCGGAUUUAAGUCAGGCGAUUGUGAUGGCCACUCCGAGUCUUCCAUGCCUUGGUCUGCAACCAAGCUUUGGUAGAUUUGGAGGUACGCUUGGGAUCAUUGUCCUGUUGGAUGGUCCGACGUCUCCCAAACGUCUCUUCAGUUUUGUCACGGACUGCGUGACAUUUACACCCAGGAUCUCCUGGUGGUUGAUGGAAUUCAUGGUGCCGUGCACACGCUGGAGAUUCCCUGUGCCUGAAGGAGAGAAACAGCAGCAGAGCGUGACUGACCACCCGCCAUGCUUCACGGUAGGCAAGGUGUUCUUUUCUUUGCAGGCCUCCUUCUUCCUCCUCCAGACAUACGGUUGAUCCAUCGGCCCAGAGUUGCAACUUUGUCUCGUCGCUCCAAAGAACAGUAUCCAAAACCUCUGUGGUUUGUCCACAUGUUUUUUGGUGAACUGGAGUCGACUCUUCUUGUGCUUUGGAGUCAGCAGGGGGUGCGCCUUCAUCUUCUACAGUCUUGGCCGAAACCUGAGUAGCACCCUCUGACAAGUCCUGUCACAGCUCCUCAGCUCUUACCCGGGGAUUUUUCUCCACCUUUCGCCUCAGUUGCCGGACAGCGGUCGCCGACAGCGUCCUCUUUCUGCCCCGCCCAGGUAGUGUUUCCACUGUGCCUUUAGCUUUAAAUUGGCUAAUUAUGCUUCCAGUUGUGUCUUUUGAAAUGUGUAAUGCCUUUGCUAUCUUGCUUAUGAAGAGACAUUACCUCCUCUCUUGACUUCUGUGACCAUUCCCUGGACUUCACCAUGUUGCAAAGACAUCAUUGACUGUCUCGAAGGAGCCGAGCAUCUCAGUCGUUUUAAAUCUGCUGGAUUGUUGCUCGUUAUGGUUCUGUCCACAUCUGCAGGUCUUUUCCACACCUGAUUGAAAAGACCGCGCCUGGUUGUUCAAAACUCGGUUAUUUAUUUAACCACUGGUUAAGUAGACGUAACCAACCUUUAACGUUAACGAAAAACCUGCUUUGAACUGCCUAGAUUUGAAAGGAAACUCUUUUACUGACCCGUGUGAAGCUUGCAAGUUCUUUCUUAGUCAUGUUUGAGAACAACUAUUUGGAUGGCAUAAUUGUACUUAGAGCUUUUUGAGGCUUUGUCGGCGUCACAAGAUUGUAUUUUUAUGAACUCGCAGUUUGAGGCGAUAGUUACAUUAUUUUGAAAUCUUUCCAGAGGAAGUGUAGGUAUAGCGUGUCUGACGGUGCCUUUGCGAUGUAUGGAAAGCUGUGUUUGUACACUUGUGUAACAAGAACAAAUGAAACAUACCUUUGAUACUGUUUGAUACAUCAAUAGCUGGCAUGCGUAUUAUCAUCUUGGCACCAAUAUUAGGUUGAACCCUAAGACUCUUACUUUGAAGGCGAGCCGAAUGUCAGUAUUUUUCCAAACUCAGCUUAUGCUGAGCAAAAUAUUUUUAACCGAAAACAUUUUUAUUUAAUUGUGUUGAAGGCUGUUUGAGUAGUUUCGGUAUCCGAUGUAGGGCCCGAGCUCCAUUUUGCUGUAAAGCUAGAAACUAUGUUCAAUAUUGCUUACUUCAAUUAAUAAUGUAUUUAACUAAAAUAUUUUAGUUUAAUUUCUUUUUUAAUUUGUUAAAUCGUUUCACUAUCAAUUUUUCCGCUAAACCGCAAGUCAGCAAAAUGAGGAAUUGUGGGAUAUAUUGGCGCUGACGAGUGAUGUCAACCACACGGUAAGUAGCGACGUGAACAAGCCAUAUUUCACGGUUGACCGGCGAACAACCGCGCCCUGAUUGAAACCUCUGAUGAGUUCUUAAGAGUGGUAAUCUUUUCGGGGUUGAAUCAUUUACAACACAACUGUAUCUGAAGUAUCAAAAGUAUUGAUAUUUCGAUUUGAGAAUCGACUUUAGAGCAUGAAGAGUUGAUGUCGGAAGAAUUCAUAUUUCAGUAUCGAUCCGCACUGUCGUACGGCCAACGCACGACUGACUUACUCGACACGCAAGGAGGACAUACCAAACAUCUGAAUGUUCGUUGGCCGCACAAAUUGCGUAUGUGGGGUUCACGCGUGGCGCACGACACAAAAACUUAGAUUUUACCCAAACCUGACACCAGCAAAACGUACAAAAGACACUCGUUGGCCAAAGACGUACGAAGUUUGUCUCGCAACCUAAAAAAGGAGCCCUUACGACCGCUUGUGACCGAGGCUUAAGAAGAGUCUACCAUUUCUUUACAAGAAUCAAAGUGUAAUCCAUGGAAUGUUCUUCACCUACACCUUUUUCUUGUAAAGGUGUGGACCAACUAGUCCUGUUUCGCAGAAGUAAACACCCUCCAAUGCCUUUCCAAGCGCAGGACUCCGGAGUGUUGUGCGACCCACCAAUGCAAUCGUACAGGAUGUAAACGCAGGACAUUGUUGUUGUGCGUAAGCAUAAAUAUUACUAACAUCUUCCGAUGUGGCCCCACGUCUUCUCAUCUCCUCAGCUAACUUGGAUUCGCCUCCUCUGGUGCAUCCCUGCUCUUGGCCCAGUGUCAGCUCUGCAAAAGGCUGCACAGAUGGGCAAGAUAAAGUGCCGGCUCCCAAGACGGGCGGUAAGAAAC